AUGGAAACUCCUGUAGCUAUCAUCUCGCAAUAUAUGGCUGACGGAUAUGCGCGGAUCAACGUCACCAGAAAUGAGGGUGUUGAUAGUGCCGUCACUGCCUUCACGGCACUGUUUCAUGGCAUGCCAGCAUGGCUGGUUGUCACUACUGCCCUGAUUGGCGUUGUCGUGUACGAUCAAGUCCUCUACAUUGUGCGAAAGGGAUCCAUCGCCGGUCCAACAUUCAAGAUUCCGAUCAUGGGGCCUUUCCUUCAAGCGAUACACCCAAAGUUUGACAACUACCUCAAGCAAUGGGCCAGCGGGCCAUUGAGUUGUGUUUCCGUGUUUCACAAAUUUGUCGUACUGGCCUCUGAUCGCGACAUCGCCCACAAGGUCUUCAAGUCGCCGACUCACACCGAACCAUUGAUCACUCCAAUCGCGCCGACGAUACUCAACCCUAAAGCCUGGAUCUUUCUGAAUGGGAAAGCCCAUGCCGAGUACCGCCGUGGUCUGACUGGACUCUUUACCAACAAGGCCAUCAGCACGUACUUGCCGGUUCAGGCCGAGGUGCACGAACAGUACUUUGAGCGGUUCGUGGCGGCGAGCGAAGCCAACAACGGCAAGGCCAUGGGAUUCAUGAAGCUCUUUCGCGAGAUCAACUGUGCCCUGUCCUGCAGGACAUUCUUUGGCGACUAUAUAUCACAAGACGCCAUCCAGAGAAUCGCCGACGACUUCUACCAUGUCACGGCAGCCUUUGAGCUCGUCAACGUCCCGCUCUCCAUGUAUAUUCCCUUCACCAAGGUCUGGAAGGGCAAGAGGAUCGCCGCUGCCGUGCAAGCGGAGUUCUCGCGCUGUGCCGCCGCAUGCAAGGCCAACAUGGCAUCGGGUGCCGAGCCCACCUGCAUCGUCGACCAGUGGGUCUUGCACAUGAUGGAGUCCAAGAAGUACCAGGAGCGACUCGAUGCCGGCGAGACCAAUGUUGAUAAGCCUUCGAACCAGAUUCGCGAGUUCAGCAAUGACGAGAUUGGCCGCACGCUCUUCACUUUCCUGUUUGCCUCUCAGGACGCGUCGAGCAGCGCAACCACUUGGCUGUUCCAGCUCGUCGCGCAACGGCCCGACGUUGUGGAACGCCUUCGCGAGGAGAAUCUCGCUGCUCGUGAUGGCGACCGCACCAAGCCGUUCGACCUGGCCAUGUUUGACAAGCUCACAUUCACCAAUGCCGUCAUCAAAGAAUCCCUCCGGUACCGCCCUCCUGUCAUUUUCGUCCCAUACAUCGCCACGAAAGCCUUCCCCAUCACGCCCGAGUACACCGUGCCCAAAGGAGCGAUGGUCGUCCCGUCCUGCUACCCUGCCCUCCAUGACCCAAAGGUCUACCCAGACCCAGACACAUUCAACCCGGAUCGGUGGAUCACUGGCGACGCCGAGAGCAAGACAAAGAACUGGCUUGUCUUUGGGGCUGGCGCGCACGACUGUCUCGCGCGCAGAUAUGUGCCCUUCACCAUGGCCGCCAUGCUUGGCAAGGCGGUGCUAGAUCUUGACUGGGAGCACCACGCCACAAGUCGGUCGGAGGAGAUACGGGUUUUUGCUACACUCUUUCCCAUGGAUGAGUGCCAGCUCGUGUUCCGGAAGCGUGCGUAG